ACGUCGCGGGCGUCGUGACGUCACACGGAACAUGACUCCGCGCGGGCCGCCGCGGCCUCGCGCCAGGCCCCGGCUGGACCUGUGCUUCCUCCAGCGGUUCUGGAAAAUCCAGCUGGUCCUCUUUCCCUCUUGGUCAUCCCAGAAUUCCCUGAUGUUCCUGACUCUGCUUGGCGUGGCCCUCUUGGAACAGCUCGUGAUCUACCAGGUGGGAGUGAUCCCCAGCCAAUUCUACGGCGUCCUGGGGAACAGAGACCUGAGCGGAUUCAAAGCUGUGACUUUCCUCGCCCUCGUCCUCAUCGUCCUCAACUCCACGCUGAAGAGCUUCGACCAGUUUAUCUGCAACCUGCUGUACGUGAGUUGGAGGAAGGCGCUCACGGAGCAUUUACACCGGUGCUAUUUCCUGGGCCGCGUCUACUACACCCUCAACGUGCUGAGAGAUGAUAUCGACAACCCGGACCAGCGCAUCAGCCAGGACGUGGAGAGGUUCUGCCGCCAGCUCAGCUCCAUCGCCAGCAAGCUGCUCAUCUCGCCCUUCACGCUCGCCUAUUACACCUACCAGUGCUCCCGCAGCACGGGUUGGCUCGGGCCCGUGAGCAUCUUCGCCUACUUUGUCCUCGGCACGAUCGUGAACAAAGUCCUGAUGGGGCCCGUCGUGGCGAAACUGGUGGGACAGGAGAAGCUGGAGGGAGACUUCAGAUUCAAGCACAUGCAACUGCGGGUGAACGCCGAGCCAGCGGCGUUUUAUAGAGCCGGCUACGUGGAGCACACGCGGACCGAUCGCAGGCUGCAGAGACUCCUGCAGACGCAGAAGGAAUUGAUGACCCAAGAGUUCUGGCUGUACAUUGGCAUCAACACCUUCGACUACCUGGGCAGCAUCCUGAGUUACGUGGUGAUCGCCAUCCCCAUCUUCAGUGGCGUCUACGGAGACCUGAGCCCCGCGGACCUCAGCGCUCUUGUCAGCAAGAACGCGUUUGUGUCCAUCUACCUCAUCGGCUGCUUCACCCAGCUCAUCGACCUCUCCGCCACCCUGUCCGACGUGGCCGGCUACACGCACCGGAUCGGAGAGCUGCGGGAAACGUUAUCGGAAGUGGCCCUGCAAUCCCAAGAUUUGGAGUCAGACCGGGACGAUUGGAACUUUGACAAGGCUCCCGGAGAGCAGACGGGGCCAGCGGACACCGCCUUCCUCCUGGACCGGAUCUCCGUGUCGGCGCCGUCCGGCGACCCCCCGCUGAUCCGGGACCUGAGCCUGACCGUCUCCCAAGGGCACAGCCUGCUCAUCACGGGCAACACGGGCACCGGGAAGACCUCCCUGCUCCGGGUCCUGGGGGGCCUCUGGGAGACCACUCGGGGCGGCGUGCGGAUGCUGACGUGUUUCGGACCCCACGGGGUGCUCUUCCUGCCGCAGAGGCCUUUCUUCACGGACGGGACGUUGCGCGAGCAGGUGAUUUAUCCUCUGAAGGAGAUAUACCCGGCUUCAGGAUCCGUGGAUGACGAGCGGAUUUUGAGAUUCCUGGAGCUGGCAGGGCUGGCCGGCUUGGUGACCCGGACGGGGGGACUGGAUUCGCAGGUGGACUGGAAUUGGUACGACGUCCUGUCCCCGGGGGAGAUGCAGAGACUCUCCUUCGCCCGGCUCUUCUAUCUCCAGCCCCGAUACGCAGUGUUGGACGAAGCUACCAGCGCCCUGACGGAGGAGGCGGAGGGCGAGUUGUACCGGAUCUGCCAGCAGCUGGGAAUGACGCUCGUCAGCGUGGGCCAUCGCCGCAGCCUGGAGAAGUUCCACUCCUCCAUCCUGCACCUCUGCGGAGACGGGAGAUGGGAACUGAGGCGCAUCAAGAAGGAAUGAAGCGGGGAAGGGAGCGGCCGCCUGGAGAGCACGCAUCCCGAAACCGAGCCGACGGGGCGAGGGGGAUGCCUCGGCUCCGCCGGGAACGAUGAGGGAGACGCUCCGUCCCGCCGACCGAGCGGAGGAGGACGAUCCUGCCGGGGCGCCUUCGGCGGGCGGGGACCCGGCUCUCGGAUGAGAUCGCUGUCCAGCGCGCCGGCCCGGCGUCUCUCCAAUUCCCGCGUAGUCCGCCCCGGCGCUUAGCGUGGCGCUCAUCACACAGUAAGUGCUUAAUAAAUACCUUGACCACUA